GAUUUACGCCAGUGCUGUUACCAUAAUAUAUGCUAUCAUAACUGUGCAUAUGCCUACAUGUAUCUGUUAUUUUAAAUCCAAAAGCUUGCAUGGCUGAAUAGAUAUGUGGUCUUCAGCAACGUCCAUGUCGUCUUGUAUUUUGUAAAAUAAACAAAUUACUUCUUCGUAGUUAACAGCUUCACCACCAUCCAUCAUCAUUAUCAUCAUCAUCGUAAUCAUCACCAUCAUCAUCAUCAGCAACUUAAUUUAAGUUAAUUGAAUAAAUCAGGCCGAUGUAACUCUUCUCUUUUCACGUUCCUAUAUUACAAACGACUGGAUAUGUUGUGACUACAGGGCUCAUGAAUAGACUAGGAUGCCUGCGAUGGGGAUUUGUUUCUCUGCAAUGUAUACCUGCUGUGGAUGACAUCAAUAAUAUGGCCCGGAUAAUUGGUCCUUGAGUUUGAAGUUGAUCUGUAACGAUUGAGGUCUGUCUCCCCUGUCUCACGUACUGCGACGUGUAGAGAAGUUCACAAGCCGCAAAUAAAACUUCGAUUUUGAACAGCUAGAAUAGCGAGGUCCAUUGUUGAUGGACCAACUGUAAAGCACGGAUGUAUUACAUAAACUUAGAUUAUUGAUGUCGGAAUUUCAAUGAGAAGUGAUGUUGGCUAUUGAACGAAGCAGCGAUCAGCUAGGAUGGGGAGAAAGAAUAUUGUUAUUCUCCUUGCCUUCGGUGGUGUUUGCAUUCUCCUUUCAAUUGUCUGGAGAAACAGCAAGGUUAACGACCAGUCUUUUUCUAGUGCCCAGGUUUCACGACAUCCAGAGUCCCAUCAUACAUCUCAAAGACAGAUCAGAUUGAAAAAUAGAAAGAACCAAUACCACAGACCGAACAUUUUUCAGUCCAAAUCGUCAAUCUACAGCAAGGACGUUGAAGCAGAUCGUCAACAGUUUGCCAUCCUUCAGGAACGUCUUGCUCGUUUAAACGAACAUUGUAAGCUAUUCCAAAGCCCUGAUAAAAAACGAGAUGUUGCCAGACAUCCACCGGACACGCUAAUCGUCAACGAAGAACAUCGAAUCAUUUAUUGCAAUGUACCCAAAGUGGGCUGUACCAACUGGAAGUCGAUUUUCUUGAAGUUGGCAGGAUUUGAUAAAAUCAACAUUUCAGUGUUGCAUAACCUGGGAACAAAUACAAAAGGAAAAAUCUACCUGGACUAUCUGCACAGAUACCCAAAUAUAAGUCACCGUCGGUUCAUGUUACAGAACUACACAAAAUUCUUUUUCGUGAGGCAUCCGUUCACUCGGAUCCUGUCGGCUUUCCGAAAUAAAUUUGCCCCAAACACAUCCUACUAUUUCCGUAACAAAGGCCAAGAGGCGGAGCGGUGGUUGUCGAGAUAUGGGAGUCAAAUCAUUGAAAAAUAUCGUGGCAAAGCCGAAGCAAUUCGCGUCAGUUCAAAUUGGAAUAAAGAGUACGAUCUAACAUUUUCAGAAUUCAUUCGUUUCUUGGUAGAUCCCUACACAGACUCCUACAAUAAACAUUGGUCUGAUAUCCAUUCCAUGUGCCUCCCUUGUGACAUUGACUAUGACGUCAUUGGUAAAUACGAAACUAUAAACGAAGAUGCUGAUUACAUUCUACGACUAAUUAACGUAGAUCCAGAAAUCACUUUUCCAACACCAAAUCCAUUGACGAUGACCAAUAGUUCCAGUGGUAAACUUGUCGAUAAGUAUUACAAAAAAGUACCCAAGUUAUAUUUGUACCAAUUGGCGAAACUAUAUGACGUGGAUUUUGAAUUAUUUGGUUACGAUCCUGUGCCAUUUCUUAACAUCAAUAACUAGAAUAUUUCUGAUUGUGAAUCUACGCUGUUCCUUAAAGAGAGAUAUUUAUUCAUGUAAUGUAAUUAAUGUAUUUUUUUUUAAUAUUUUAUACCCGGGUCACGUACAUGAUUAUAUUCAUAAUGUAGCAGGACCCAGUCGUAAGAACUAUGAGCUUGUUUGAUUUGUUUGUUGUAUUAUUUCACCAUGUAACAUAAUUAAAAUAUUAUUCAUAUUGAAUAUAACAUUUACAGAUAAGAAUACAUAGUAGGGAACGAAGUAUAAACGAAGUUGAAGCGCAUGCAGGGUCUUUAUUCAAAUUAAAACGUGGCUUGAAAUAAAGUGUUCAUAAUAUCAUGGUAACAAAAACUAAUAAGUUGAAAUAAAAUCUUAAAUCAUGCCCUACAGCAUAUUAAUAUUUAUACAAAUCGUUCACAAAUAAUAUAUUGUGAUAAUGAAAAACAUAAUCAUGCACCUCAACAAUCACCAAGAUCAUUAUAAAAAGUAUCAUUUAGAGUAUUUUAGAGAAGCAAAUCCUUCCUAUUCUUUUUCAAUGUUGAUUGUUACAAAUUCGUGCAUGUAAAGGUAGUGAAUUACAAAUGUUAUCGUACCCACUGAUUUUUAUAUAUUAACAUGAUAAACAGAUCAGUGGUCCUAUCAUGGCCCAACCAAAAAUGUGCUAUAUCACUUCUUGGAGUGAACAAAAAAUUAAUGGAAAUCAAAAUAAAGUCUAUAUUGGAUAGCUAUAA